UCUACCUGAGACCUCAUUCAGGAAGCCUGGAUCCGAAGAAGGAUAUACUGUCGACAGUUAAACGCAAGGAGAUGUAACCUUUUUUUUUUUUUUUUUACUUCGUGUACUGUUUCAGCUUCAGUCACAAGAGAGGAAGAAGACGUCGAAAGGUGGAUUUAACGGUGUUUUUUCGUGACUUCAGAGAUAACAUUAAUUGUUGGAUCUGAUUCAGUAGUUUGCUAAAACCGAAAUUGGGGCGCGAAAACAAAAUGUCGCCGAGAGUGGACUUUUAUGCCAUUUGUUGGUGCGUAACAGGUUUUUUGGCUUCUUACGCCCAAGAAUGUGGCCGACCACCGAUAGUGGAGAACAGGAUCGUGGGAGGGAUGGACGCCAUAGAUGGCGCUUGGCCGUGGCAGGUGGAUAUACAGACAUUCAGUCACAUCUGUGGAGGCUCCAUCAUCACAGAGAACUGGAUCCUAUCAGCCGCUCAUUGUUUCCCCAAUCCAAACGACUUGAGCUCUUACACCAUCUAUGUCGGCCGGUACCAGCUGAACGGCUUCAACGGUCACCAGUCGAUACAUCGAGUGAGCCGGGUGGUGAUCCCAUACGGUUACAGUGAGCCUAAAAACGGGAAUGAUUUGGCACUGGUGCGGCUGUCCAGCCCAGUAACCUGGUCAGAUUAUGUCCGUCCCGUCUGCUUGCCUGCCUCUGGCACCCUGUUCCCGGGUGGCAUGCUGUGCUAUGUCACCGGCUGGGGGAACGUGCGGGAUGAUGUCCCUCUGCCAGGAGUCGGGACUCUGCAGGAAGUGGAGGUGCCAAUCAUCUCCCAGAGUUCAUGUCAGGAGAUGUACGCGACGGACCCGACGGAGCAGGUGGACAUUCUGUAUGACAUGAUCUGUGCUGGAUACCAGCAGGGUGGCAAGGAUUCCUGCCAGGGGGAUUCAGGAGGGCCCCUUGUCUGUCAGAUGGUGAACGGGACCUGGGUGCAGGCUGGGGUGGUGAGUUUUGGACUGGGCUGUGCUCACGCCAACCAGCCAGGUGUGUAUGCCAAACUGUCCGCCUUCUCGAGCUUCAUCAGCGGCACGGUACCGGAGAUCCGGCUGUACGGCCGAGCUGAUCAGAACUGGUGUGGGAGGGCUGCCAUGUUGGCCAGCUGUCUGUCCACACUGCUGAUUCUGCUGCGGAGGUAGAACACUGUGAGGCAACUGGAUGUCUGGGAGGUCGAAUGCAAACCAAGCCGAAUGAAGGAUGAGAUUAAUUAUGUGUCUGACCUGUGUCCAAAGUUAUCCCGAAUAGUAAAAUUAGAAAACUGUACCUAAUGUGCACAUGAAGCCAUAUUGGACACAAACUGUAAUAUAAUCUUCAUUUUUAGAACUGUAACUUUGCAUUAUAAUCAUAAGUGAUGUGUUCUGUAUUUGAAAUAAAUUGUUAAUUUGAUUCUUAAAAUCAGGUCAGUGCUCUGUUCAACUUGUGAUAGCCGAGUUUGGAAAUGUUUUACCAGAAUCAUGUUCAUGGAUCAAAGAUUCAUUUGUGUUCUUUAAGGGGUAAUCUUUUAUGGGGUAAUCUUUUAUAUCCGCCUCUAGCACACCCACUUAUAAGUACUGAAGCGGUUGCCUUUGGUCAAUAACAAACCUGUUUUUUGGAACAAAUAUUACCUAAUUUUCAGGACACCUUUCUGUAAUGUCAAUUAUUUCAGCUUUUUGUUAUUCAAAUGUUUGUUUUAAAUGAAUUAAAGUAAUCUUAAUGUCCUUUCUCACAGAGAA